AUGAUGAAGGUAUUGAGAAGUAGUAGUGGAAGAACAAAGCGCACUUAUGACGAUGAUACUAUUAGUUCACCACUAACUGAACAAAUAAAGGGAAUAAAGGGAAUAAAAAGGACCAAGACUAAGGAUGAAGAUGAGGCUUACACUUAUGUAAGGGAUCCUUACGGUGAUGUCAUUGCCAAUGUUAAUGGCAAGAAGUUUUAUCGAUCUGCUUUAAUUCAUGAUGAAAUCAUUUCUAUUUAUGAUUCUGUUGAUGUUCUUAGGACUUCUAAUAAAUCUAAAAAUGUCAGAGAAUCUAAUUUAGCUAAGAUAUCAGCAAUAUAUGUUGACACUAAUGGUAAAUUAAUGGCUGAAGUAUCAUUUUAUUUCGAUUCGGGUGAAGAAAUUCCAAACACUGAUAACUCACAAAUUAGUCCUAAAAUCUUAUUUGAUAAUAAUUUUAAUAAAUGGAAAGGUUUUACACAUGUUAAUGAAGUUGUUGCAUAUAAUAAAUUUGAAGAUGUUGAGAUUGAAACAUUUGAUGAGAAAGUGAAUGUACAUGCAAGUAAAGAGGAAUAUUUGAAUGAAAUUAAUUCUGGUGGUGAUGAAGAAAUUAAUGUUUUUUGUAAUUACAUUUGUUAUCAUGAAAAUCAUUCUAUACUACCAUUCAAUAUUAAUACUGAUUGGGAACAUAUAAUGGUAGAGAGUAGUAAAUAUCAUAGUAUAUAUUAUCCAAAAAUGGUAUAUAAGGAAGAAAGUAUUGUAGAGCCAUUAAGUCCAGAAUUGACCUUACAAUUGAAUAGUAAUGAGAAGAUAUUAGGUCGUGAGGAGGAGGCUGAGAAGAUACGGACAUUUAUGGAGACUAAUAUUAAGCAGGGUGGAACUGGUCAAAUAUUAUAUAUAAGUGGUGUUCCUGGUACUGGGAAGACUGAGACUGUGAAGAUGGUUUCUAAAGAACUUAUUUCAAAGAAAUUAAAGGGACAAAUUCCCUGGUUUGAUCUCAUUGAAAUCAAUGCUGUUCAUCUUUCAAAACCUAAUGAACUUUAUAGAGUUUUCUAUAAUAAAUUAUUUGCUAAACCUGCACCUAUUAGUCAUUCUUAUGAUGAACUUGAUAAAUAUUUCAAUAAUAAUACUACUCCAUGUAUAUUGAUAGUUGAUGAAGCAGAUUAUAUAGUAACAAAGACACAGAAAGUAUUAUUUAAUUUAUUUGAUUUACCUUGUAAAAAAAAUUCCAAAUUCAUUCUUAUUAUCAUUUCCAAUACAAUGGAUUUAAAUUAUAAAAUGAAAUCUUCUAUACAAUCAAGAUUAGGAUUUGGAAGUUUAGUAUUUAAACCAUAUAGAUAUCAACAAAUAAUACAAGUUAUUGAAAGUAAAUUAGGAAAACAUUCACCAAUUGAUCCAGUAGCAUUACAAUUAUGUGCUAGAAGAGUUACUAAUUAUAGUGGUGAUAUGAGAAAAGCUUUACAAAUUUGUAAACUUGCUAUUAAAGAAUCUAAUGGGGAAAAAAUUACGGUAUAUUCCAUUACGGUGUUCCGUUACGGGGUCAGGUUCACGGCUACCAAUACCCUACCAGUAGUCCAACAACCAGACUCCCCUAGCCCCCAAAAGGGCUUCCAAUUAGUGAGUGAAAUGAGUAGGAUAAGUAAUAUGGUAUUGAAUUCAUCAAUUUCAGAUGCAUUACAAUAUGUAUCAGUUGGUAUGAAAUGUUUAUUGGUUGCAAUAAUUUUAGUAUUGAAACAAGUACAAUUAUCAAUAGCACCAGCAGUUCAAGUCUAUAAUACUUUCAGAGGUAUGAUGACAGUGUUGAAACCGGAACUUGAAAAUGUUUGUAAAGACUCAUUCAAACAUUUGUUAAUUUCUAGUCUGAACAAUGGUGUCAUCUCACUUGAACCCACAGUCUUCUCAAGCUUCUCAUUAACUGAUAAAAAAAAAGUCAAAAAAGUCUUUGAAGAAAUUAAUGAAGAUUUAGGUGAUGUCGGUAUCACCUUUCAAAUCGAUAUUGGACAUCUUAUUACUGCAUUAGCUAAAGAUCCUUAUUGGCAAUCUAAACUUGAAACUAUUAAUCAUUAA